AUGGCGUACUCCGUCAAGGAGCGCGACUUCGCCCCAGACACCCCCUCCGGCGCCCGCGCCGUCGACAACCACUACGAGGAGCGCUCGCCCGCUCCCCUCUCCGACACGGACAGCGACGACACCGCGACCAACUCGUCCGACGAGUUCGACUGGUCAGAGGAGGACGAGGAGAAGGAGACCGUUGUCACCACCGGCAACGAUGGCCAGGUGCGGCGCAUACGUGCGCGACGUGGUCGCGCGAUCUACCUCGCCUACAUGCGCCUUUCCCGUCCCUUCCGCGUAUUCAUCGUCGCCCUGCUCGGUGCCGGCAUCCUCAUCACGCCCCUCCUCGUCUUCCAACUGCGCUUCAAGAACAGCCCUGCAACGAACCAGGUGCAUGCGUGGAGUCUGUGGUUCGCGAUUACUUGGGCAGCCGGCUGCGCCACCUACAUUGUUGUCGACGCCGCCCCCCACGUCGUCGUCGCGGUCACGAACAUGCUAGGCGGCAAGGUCGAGCGGUUGAAGAUGAAGCUCGAGCUCACACUCGCUAUUUCCCCCUGGCUUAAGCUCCUGCUCGACGUCUCCUGGAUGUGGAUCGCGCUCUCGGUAAUCCGCGCCGUACACCACCCGCAGGGCAACUACUGGUACAUCGUCAAUCGUGUCAUGCAGGCCCUCUUCUCGGCGGCAAUAAUUAUGCUGGCCGAGAAGACGUUCCUCAACUUCGUAGCCAUCAACUUCCACGAGAAGGCCUUGGCUGAUCGCCUGGCGGAGAACCGGCUCGGCCUCAAGGCGCUCGACCGCCUCUCGAAUGCGACCCCGCUCCGGACAAAGAGCCCGCAGGGCAAGCAGAACGGUCACAAGCCGCAGCGCAGCAGCGUCGAUGGCAUGCCCUCGAAUGUCGGUCAUGGCGAGAAGCCGCCGAAGAAGCAGAGCAAGCGCCAGGCGAGGAAGAACCGCAAGGCCAUGACGAGUGUCAUCGUUGAUCAAGUCGGCUCUGCCAUCGGUCAGGUUGCGCUGAAGAACAGCAAGCUGCAUCGCGAGGCCGGCAUGAACAACCUGCACUCCGCGCGCAAGCUUGCCAAGAAGCUCUUCCGGGCACUCGCCGCCGACGGCUACGCGGACGACAUCGGUGCCAACGGGCAGCGCGUUGAGGGCGGCGAGGUCGCGCAACUCCUCACUGUCGAGGACUUCUACCCGUAUUUCCGCACCACCGCGGACGCGCACGCGGCGUUCGCCCUCUUCGACCGCGACGGGAAUGGCGAUAUCAGCAAAAAGGAGAUGCGCGAGGCCGUGCAGCGCAUCUACAAGGAGCGCAAGGCGCUGAAUGCGAGCUUGAAGGAUGUGGGCUCGGCGGUGGCGAAGUUGGACGCAGUGUGCAUUUGUGUGGCACUGGUGUUCAUCAUCUUCAUCUGCCUGCUCAUCUUCAACCGGAGCAACACUGUCGCGUCCCUCGUGCCACUCGCCACCAUCAUCCUCGGUUUCUCCUUCGUGUUCGGUAACUCGGCGCAGACGCUGUUCGAGUCGCUCAUCUUCAUCUUCGCCACUCACGUCUUCGACGUCGGUGACCUUGUGAUGAUUGACGAUCAGCCCCUCGUCGUCCGCGAAUUCGGCCUCUUCUCAACAGUCUUCCGCCGAGUCGAUGGCCAAGAAAUCAUCGCGCCCAAUAAACUCCUCGCCACCGCCAAAACCAUCCACAACAUCCGCCGCUCCAACUCCCUCUGGGAAACGACCACGCUCAUGGUCGCCUACACCACGCCCAUGGAGUCCGUCGAGAUCCUCAAGCAGCGCAUCCGCGCCUACAUGGCCGCGAACUCGCGCGAGUGGAACGGCUCGGACGUCUACAUCGACAAGAUGGAGUACCAGAACGCGAUCCACCUCACCAUCGCCGUCGAGCACCGCGCGAACUGGCAGGACUGGGGCGGGCGCUGGACGCGGCGCACGGCGUUCAUGCGGCACCUCAAGGGCAUACUCGAGGAGCUCGAUAUCCGGUACACGAUGCCGGUGCAGCCGGUGUCGCUGCCAAGGACGCCGUAUGGGUCGGGCCCGGUGCAGGGGCAGUGGAGCCCGAGCCGGGAGGACCUGGGGAAUGCGGGGAGCUUUAGGGCGGGGUUGUCGGGGAUGACGGCGCCGGGAAGGUCGUUGUAA